CCGCCACGUGGCGCGAUCACAGCACACCGCGUCCCGUUGGACUUCCUCUUCAGGAGAACAGCUUCCCCCGCAAGGCAAAAAAAGCUCGCAUAAAACCCCGACGCUGAGCCGGUUGUCUUUAUAUCUCUCUCUCUCUCUCUCUCUCUCUCUCUCUCUCUCCAACACUUCCGGAUCGACCUGACGGCGACAGUGCUUAUUUUCCGGCGAUGGGAGACGCGGCGGAGCUGCACGACCAGCGGGACGAGGAUGUCCCUCCGCUGAGCUUGCAGCAGCUGAGGGUGGUCUCGGCGGUGGGGCGGGGGGCAAAGGGCGUGGUGUUCCUGGUCCAGAGCGGGGCAGCGGCCGGCGAGGUCUGGGCGCUGAAGGUGAUACUGAGGGGGAACAUUGAGAAGAAGGCCAAAGGCAAGGACACGUCGGCGGCCAAGGACGGGAACGAGUACAGGAGGGUCUCGUUCGAGCAGCAGGUUCUCCGGCAGUUCGACCACCGGCUGCUGCCGAAGCUGCGGGGGGUUCUCGCCACCGAUAAGGUUGUCGGGUACGCCAUCGACUACUGUCCAGGUCGCGAUUUGAACUCCCUAAGGAAGAAACAGACUGAGAAGAUGUUCUCUGACGACAUUAUCAGGUUUUACGCGGCGGAAUUGGUGCUAGCAUUGGAAUAUCUGCACGAGUUGGGGAUCGUCUACCGGGAUUUGAAGCCGGAGAACAUCAUGAUCCAAGAGGACGGUCACGUAAUGCUGGUCGACUUCGAUCUCUCGACCAAGCUCUCCUCGAGGUCCCCUCGACCUUCUCCGCCCCCCAGAUCAGUCCCCACGCCCGACACAUCGAGCAGGAAGCGGGUCUCCUCGCUCCAGAGAUGGUGCAGCUCGGGGUUCAUGGUGGAUGACUCGGACGCACCCCACCACAGGCCCAGCCUGAACUCGGUGUUCCCAGCCGAGUCCGACUCUGUCGAGAAGUCGAACUCCUUCGUGGGGACGGAGGAGUACGUGGCACCCGAGGUGAUCCUCGGAGAAGGCCACGACUUCGCGGUGGACUGGUGGUGCCUCGGGGUCGUGCUCUAUGAAAUGCUAUACGGGACGACGCCCUUCCGGGGCUCCAACCGGAAGGAGACCUUUUACCGGAUUCUUAGCAAGGCCCCAGAGCUGGUGGGUGAACCGACCCCGCUAAGGGACCUGAUCGGGAGACUACUGGAGAAGGACCCGAGGCAGAGGAUCGGGCUGGAGGGUAUCAAGGGCCAUGAGUUCUUCCGAGGCGUGGCAUGGGACUCUAUCGUGGAGAUCGCACGGCCACCAUACAUUCCGGCUUCAGAAUUCGACGAGGAAGAAGUCGAUAGCAAAGGAAUCGACGUCGAGCUCUUCGUGGAGGGAAUAUUUGGGAGUGGGGAAAGCGAAAAGAAUAACAAUGGCGGGGACAAUGGCAAUAAGAAGGCGUGGGUCGAAGAAUUGAACGAUCACCAGCCUCCCAAGAUUGAUAAUUUCUUGGUCUUCUAACUUAAUUUUUUCAAUCUUUUCCUUAGAUUUUAAAUAAUUUAGUUAUUGUAUAGAGAGGAAAUGGCAUAAUGUAGAAGGAAGCAAUAUUCCGAGGUGUUUUCAGUUUAUUAGUCACGACUUCGAUCUAGUCUGUGCACACGAGGAGUGCACACGAAGAUGGUACGAUGGUUCCGAGAUAUUCCGGAGAUGACUUAAACGCUAAGCCUAUGAUUUUUUCCAGUCAAUAUGAAACUCAUAUUAAUUUAAACAUAUUAUUUCUUUCCCUUUGAUCCAAUUUUUUUUUUAAAUGGGAA